GUAUGUCUGUAGAAAUCGUACAAAAAAUACUGAAGAAGGAAAAAUAACAAAGAAUCGUCCACGGAAACAGUGAAAAAGUAACAAUCGAGCGAAAAACAACAACGCAAAACCGUUCCAGUGGAUUUUUUGUGCAAUAAAAAAAUUGAAAAUCUCUCCUGAAAAGCAGAAAUUUUGGAUUUUCAACGAAAUUUCGCAACAAGUUGGAACUCUCAUCUCAGCUGACUUUGAAAAACAAUCGAACAAAGUACAUAAAUAGAAAUCUCGCAUGAGCUAAUAUCAUCUUUUCGCGCAUCAAUUCAAGGUUUGUCCUUGUGAAAAAUUAAAAAUCAACGAUUGCGCGAAUACGUCGCCGUACCGAGCUUGAAAUGAACAAAAUUCCGGAUCCAACGAGAGUUUAUCAGCCAACAACAACGAUGCUCGAUAACGAUGACGACGAAAACUCCCUUUGCGAGAGUGAGUCAGAUGCUGCAAAUGCGGGCGCCACGAGACCCCCAUACGAAAGCACGCGAUUCGAAUCGGGAUUUUCGAGUGCGGGUACGUUUCAAGCAUCGUCGACACACAGCGAGGACAAGAUGCGACGUCGCCUGCAAUUUUUCUUCAUGAAUCCCAUCGAAAAGUGGAAGGCACGACGAAAGUUUCCGUACAAGUUUUUUGUGCAGGUGAUCAAAAUUAUUCUCGUGACGAUGCAAUUGUGUCUUUUUGCCCAUUCGCGUUACAAGCACGUCAACUACACAUGGGACAACAAAGUGACUUUUUCGCACAUUUUCCUUCGUGGUUGGGAUCCGCAGAUGGAAGUUGCUGCAUAUCCGCCCGAAACGGGUCCCCUUUCCGUCUACGUGAUUGAUGAUUUUUACAAAACGAUCGAUUUUGCGCUCGUUGGUUACUCAAACUUGUCACAAGCUAUCGGGCCGUAUUCCUAUCCGAACGAGAAUAAUACCGCAGAACCCAUUAAAAUGUGCAUUUAUCGGUACAAAGAAGGCACGAUUUUUGGAUUUAACGAGAGUUAUAUCUUCAAUCCGGAAAUUGAUGGACUUUGUGUGGAAUUGCACUCGAAUGUGACGAAAAUAGGAUCUAAACAGUGGUUUAUUGAUCACGAUAUUCAGAUUGAUUUUUCGGCUUUUGUCAAGGCAACGCUGGAUUUUAGCGUGAAAACGAUCAAUUUUAAGGCGGCAGGACCGAUUGCGCCUCCCGAUUGCUACAGAUUUGACAUUCAAAUUCUGUUUGACAAUUCGGAUCACGAUGGGCAGGUUAUAUUGACGCUCGAUGCGGAGCCGAUACGAUUGAAUUGUAAAGGUGACGUCGAAUACUUCCGUCAUUCCGUAAUCGAUGCCGCUCUCCGAAGUAUUCUCAACUUUUUCGUCAUCAUCAUCUGCUGUCUCAGUUUUGGCUUGUGCGCGCGUGCCUUAUAUCGCGCCCAACUCCUCCGCAUCGACACGCAAUCCUUCUUUGUGAACCAUUUCGGGCAAGAGUUGUCUUGGGAUGGCAAAAUGGAGUUUUUAAACGUUUGGUACAUCAUGAUUUGCGUCAAUGACGUCCUUCUGAUUUUGGGAUCUGCCCUAAAAGAGGAGAUUGAACGUUCUCACUUCACAUCCAACGAAUGGAAUAAUUGCUCGUUGUUACUCGGAAUCGGAAAUUUACUCGUUUGGUUUGGCGUCUUGCGAUAUUUGGGCUUCUUCAAGACCUACAACGUCGUAAUUUUGACACUAAAACGUGCCGCGCCCAAAAUUAGUCGCUUUUUGUUGUGCGCUUUGUUAAUUUAUGCCGGAUUCACGUUCUGCGGAUGGCUAAUUUUGGGUCCGUAUCACAUUAAAUUCCGUUCGUUGUCGACCACGAGUGAAUGUCUCUUCGCGCUGAUCAAUGGCGACGACAUGUUUGCCACUUUUACCAUCAUGUCGGACAAAUCGACGACUCUUUGGUGGUUUUGUCGCAUUUAUUUGUACACUUUUAUCUCGUUGUACAUUUAUGUCGUGCUGUCACUCUUCAUUUCCGUCAUUAUGGAUGCCUAUGACACGAUUAAGAAAUAUUACGCCGAAGGAUUCCCGCUGACAGACCUGAAACAGUUUAUGGGACGCAUGGAUGAGGCGGAUUUUACUUCGGGCAUUUUCCGCUCGGAGGAAAGUGACGAGGAUGCGGUGCACCGAACACUCAAGCGGAUUUGUUGCUGUUGCAUGGAUAGACCGGCGACGUCGCAGGGAACGACAGUUGGAGGUUACGAGACGCUCAACCAGAAAGCCAGUGAACGAAGAACGGGCGGAAGUGCGAGAAUUGAAGAUCUCUCAUUUCAUCCCAAAAAAUGUUCAAAAAUCCGCAUCCUUAUCACGUUUCUCCAACUUUUCAUGCCAGAUACGCGAAUAAUCUGAAGCAAAACGCACCAAUACUCACCCCGUUUCAUCAAAUUUUGCACAUUUUCAGGUUAUUUUUGAAGAUAUUGAUAAAGACUCGUGAACCAAAGGAUAUUUUUUCUUAAAAUAAUACAGAAAUAUUUGUUGCCAAGUGUUAUUAAGCCAGAUAAUUAAUAAAAAUUGUACACCGCAGACUUGUGAAAAUAGAAAAAAAUAUAAAAAAAAUAUUUUUUUUUAGUUUUAGAUUUAAAAAGAGCAAUUAGAGAUAUUUUUCAUAUACAAUUUAUGUUUAAAAAGGAGCUAAAUAAAA